AUGGCGUGGGAUCACCUCUCGAUCAAUCGACCGCAUUUGGUCUACAUCAUCCUCGGUGGCUUCACCUCUCUCUUCAUGUUGUGCUCGUCCUUCAUCAAGGAACGACUGUACAUAGGAGAAGCAACUGUUGCCACCAUCUGCGGCGUCAUCUUCGGUCCACAUGCCGCGAACCUGAUCGACCCUGGAACAUGGGGAAACACGGAUCAGGUCACCCUCGAAUUCUCUCGAAUUGUCCUCGUCGUCCAAUGUUUCGCCGUGGGCGUCGAAUUGCCGAAAUACUACAUGGAGAAGCAUUGGAGGAGUGUGGUAUUUUUGCUGAUACCCGUCAUGACGUUUGGCUGGUUGAUCACAAGUCUUUUCAUAUGGUGGAUGGUUCCUCCGCUCAAUUGGCUUCAGAGUCUCUGCUGUGCUGCUUGUGUCACUGCUACCGACCCUGUCUUGGCCAGUUCCGUGGUUGGUAAAGGCAAAUUUGCCAAGAGGGUCCCAAAGCAUUUGAGAGAUGUGUUGUCUGCCGAGUCCGGAUGUAACGAUGGCAUGGCUUUCCCGUUCAUCUACUUGGCUCUGUACCUCAUCGAUUACCGACCCGACGCAGAUAAAGUCGCCGAGAAGUGGAUCGUGAUUACUAUCCUCUAUGAGUGUGUCUUUGGAGCAUUCUACGGCUUUAUGAUCGGCUAUAUUGGAAGGCAUGGGAUUAAGUAUGCUGAAAAGCACGACUUGGUUGACAGAGAAUCGUUCCUGGUGUUCUACUUCGUUUUGGCGCUCUUUUGUGCUGGCUCUGGUAGUAUCCUAGGAGUUGAUGACCUGCUUGUGGGCUUCGCGGCCGGAGUGGGUUUCUCUAAUGAUGGUUGGUUCACACAGAAGACGGAGGAGUCUCACGUUUCCAACGUUAUUGAUUUACUCAUCAAUUUGGCAUACUUCGUUUACCUCGGCACAAUCAUUCCCUGGGAACAGUACAACAAUCCCGGAUUGGGCUUGACCCCCUGGAGAUUGGUUGUCAUUGCCCUCUUUGUCAUUUUCUUCCGCAGAAUUCCGAUUAUGAUGGCUCUGAAGCCAAUUAUACCUGACAUCAAAACCUGGCGCGAAGCUCUUUUUGCUGGCCACUUUGGACCUAUUGGCGUCGGGGCAAUUUUUGUGGCUAUUCUUGCUAGAGCAGAACUGGAAACAGAAUCGACAACUCCUCUGGCAUCUUAUCCUGAUGUAAAUGCGCCGAAUUUUCAGCUCGUUGCACUAAUCUGGCCUAUCACUACUUUCCUGGUGAUUGCUUCAAUUAUCGUGCACGGCUCUUCGAUUGCUGUUUUCACUCUGGGAAAACACAUCAAUACGUUGACACUCACAAUGUCUUACACAACAGCUGGCGAUGAUGGUCCUGGAUGGCUGAACAGACUACCACGUAUAUCAUCGAUUUCAAGAUCACAAGCCAAAUCAAUCGCAUCUGAGACUGAUGGGGAGGAGUUGAGGGACCUACCCCCUGGAAUGCUACUCCCAAUUGGUGUUCCGAAAGAAUUCUUGCGUCGACAGAGAGAAGAAGACAACCCAAGCCACCCGAGCAGUCGAACUUCGUCUCUCAUUCCACGCCGGAGAAAGAAGAAGUGGGAUGACGGACGUGGCCCCGGAGGUCCCAUCAGCCAAUCGGCCAUCUAUCCGGUACGACGCAGCCAAAGCGAACAUCUGAGUGAACAGACGUCUGAGACUUUGACUCCUGGGGAAACCUCUCCCAUAACCCCUCCCACAAACGUGAACGAGGACAACGAAAAGAAAGAGUCCGAGCUUGGGCAAGUUCAAGAUGAUCCAGAAAUGCAUGAGAUCCUCCAUCGACAUUCCGAGGAUGAAAAACGGGAUCAGCAUAAAUCAGAUGCAGAACGACAUCCUUUUGGAAGAGAGAUCUAUACCGAAGGCAAUGAUAUGAUUAUCGAAGAUGAAGAUGGUGAGGUCUUGAGCCAGGUAAAGGCGUCAAAGGGAAAAGAGAGGCGGGAUUCUACGACCAAGAAGGAGAUCAAAGAAGACGUUGAGCAUCUAGGUCUUGGUUACAAGAAUUUGCGGAAGAAGCUUGGUAUCUGGCGACACAAGGACGAAGAGGAAGAGGAAGGUUCGCCAAAGUUGAAGAAGCCUCAGGCGCCAGUUGGGAAGAGAGGUCCAGCAAUGGCCUACCAGUUUGGAAAUACCAUCAUCGUGGAAGACGAAGAUGGCGAAGUUGUGAAGACCUACGAGCUACCUUCAAACAAGCCGAACCAACCAUCACAAUCAGGACCAGGACGAAGAGAACUAACCCGCAUGGGCACCUGGUCCGGCCUCACAAAGCCUGACGAGCCCUCCAAACUCGCAACACCCUCCGAAGCCCCCGACUCCUCAGCUGUUCGGCAAGGCCUUUCACGGAUGGGCACCUGGGGCUUCGGCGGUAAAAACACCAACAAGGAAGACGCCUUCACAAGAGAAGGCCAAGAAGAUGAAGAUGACGACCGCCAUAUCCGCUUCACGAUCGGUGGCGCAGGGCGUCGUUUGACCAAAGAAGACUUCCUGAAGGAAGUCCAAUCUCUAGACCCGAAAGCUAGAUGCGAGAUCAUCAAUGAGAGUGACGCCCCAGCCGCGAUGAAAGAUCUUGCAAAGAAGGACGCGAGCGAGGAUUCGCCCGGCAGUUCGAGAGUAUUCGGUGCGAAGAGCGCGCAGCGAGCGUCUGGCAAAGGCGUCGCAAUGUCCGUCGGGCCAGCGAUGGCUAGGACGAGGGCUGCGCAGGUUGAGGAGGAAGAGGGGUAUGGUCGCGAUCGCGAGAGUGGUAGCGAAGAUUCCGGGGAGGAGCGUGAGAGGAGGAAAGGCGCGAAAGGCGCACUCGACCUUUCAAAGAAGCAGAGGGACAGAGCCGAGACGAUGGGCGAGAGGAGGCUGAGCAAGAUCGAGAGUCAUAUGUCAGGUGAACAACCGGAGACUGAGGCGGAGAGGAAGAGGAGAGAGCAGGCGCUGAAGGGCGUGGAUGAUGUUACAGAUGCGCAGAGGGGGCGCUCCCGGACGUUUAAUGGGACGCGCAAGAAUGAGAGCCAAAGGAAGGGGAGUGCGAGUGGGAGUGGAAGUCCUGAGGUCGGCGAAACGCCAGCGGAGAGGAGGAGGAGGGAGGCGGCGCUGGGGGUGGGAGGUGGAGGUGUGGAUGAGGAUAGCGAUGAUGACGAUACGCUACGUGUACCACCUCUAGUUGCAAAAAGUCGGGGGAUUAGGUUUGCGCAGAGUCCGAUUCGAGGGAGGAAGUGA